GGGAAAAGAGAAGACAGAGGGACACAGUUAGACGAGUAGGGUUCACUUACUACAAACUUCUCCGGAUCUGAAGUUUGGACUCGCGCGUUCUUUCCUUCAACGCAGUGAAGGGCACGAGAUCUUCAGCUCGGGACAGCGCGCGAGCGAGACGCGGUGCGUCGUUACUCUUUCCCCCGGUAUCGUGCACUUUGCGCCCGUGUCUAAUGGAGGGCCCCGUGCGGAUUUGCCAUCGGGAGAAUGUGUUUUACUUCUAGCGCGUCCGGCUGGUCGCAGCUUUUGCCCUCCUGUACGAGGUGUGGAGUGUGUGUAAAGGGGGUGUGUCUGAGGCCCCUGGUUAGUGCACCGAGGUGAAAUAUCGUCAUGGAGGACAGCGGCCUGAGAUUACUGUCUGCUGUGCUGUGUGUUUGUCAUACCCUGCUCUUUAACUGCCCAUCUGUUCUGUGUCUCUCUUUUCGCGUGGAGCCUCUAUCUGUCGUACAGAAGCAGGGAGGUGCAGUCCAACUGCGCUGCACGGCACGUCCCGCCACCGCCAGACUAAGCUGGCUGUUCCAGGGCCUUCCCUUAGACCCCAUCCUCCAAAACAGUGUGGAAAUCACUCCAGGCUCCCUCUCGCUGCCCUCCCUCCAACCGGCCCUCACGGGCUCCUACCAGUGCAUCGCUCAAUCUGAGACGGGCUCUAUCGUCAGCCGGCAUGCACGGGUCCUUAUUGCAGGUAUCGAAGAAUUCCCAGAGACCCAUCGGCGGUUAGUAACGGUCAAGAAAGGAGACACUGCUGUCAUUGGAUGCACCCUUCCUCACAGCAACCCGCCCGCUCUCCCACGCUACCGGAUACGUGGAAAAUGGCUUGAACAGUCUUCAGAUGAGUAUUUAAUUCUGCCCUCCGGGAACCUUCAAAUCAACUCUGUGUCUUUGGAGCAUCAGGGCAUGUACAAGUGCGGCACUUAUAAUCCUCUUAGCAGAGAGACUCAAGCAGAGGCCCAUGGCACUAAACUUGUAGUCAAAGAUUCUGAAGGCCCUUCCCCUGUAGGGAUUGUUUAUCCCAUCGCAUCUCAAAAUCUGACGGUGGGACAGUCUGAAUCUGUGACUCUGGAGUGUGUCAUAUCAGGAAGUCCUUCUUCAAAGGUCAAAUGGACUAAAGAUGGGUCGGAGCUUAUGCUGAGCUCCAAGCAAAUGUUGUUGCAUAACAACCUGGUGUUGAAUGACAUUCACCUAAGUGAUAGAGGUCAUUAUUGCUGCUCUGUUCUGACUGACAAUGGGGAUGUGGUUAGUGUCAACUACACUGUGAAUGUGCUAGAGAAUGUGAGCAUCCUGCGAGGUCUAUCCGACCAGGCUGUAACAGAGGGCUCCUCUGUGAGAUUUACCUGCACCUCCAGCGGUUACCCCUCCCCUAACAUCAUAUGGCUUCUUAACACCACCCCUCUCACUUCUUCACCACGCCUCCGAAUCUCUGGCUCCUCUCUGCGUAUAUCUUCUGUAACUGCUCAAGAUCUGGGAAUCUUCCAGUGUCUCCUUGACAAUGGGAUUAGCUCCGCCCAAUCUGCAGGCAGACUCAGUUUACAAUUAGAUGAGAACUCCAAGCCAAGUAUCCUAUCCCCUCCUGAGAGUGGCGUCUACACUGAGGGCGACUCAGUAACUCUCACUUGUAAUGCUAGUGGACACCCACUUCCUGUUAUUCGCUGGUACAACUCUGCCGGUCCCAUCGCCACCCAUCCUGCUCUUCUGCUACAACCCCCUCAGUCCGCGGGUGACAACCCCACCCACCUCGCCAUGUCCCGACCAGGCAGCAGCACCCUGUACAUCCAGUCGGUGACCGCGGCCCACGCCGGACGGUACAUCUGUGAGGCCUCCAAUGAGGCUGGCUCUGUUCAGACUGAGGCGUUCCUUACAGUGGCCCCCAAGUCUAGUCCCAUGUCAGAAGUAGCCGUGGAGACGCAGCCGUCCAUCCACCCUAUCCAGAGUGAUGAGGGUGAUGAACUUUUCCUUAAGGGGCUUGGAGACACAGUAGGAUCUCCUUCUGAGAGAAUCAGUGACAAACCCACACCUGAAGCACCCAUCAUCAUCAGCCAACCUCAAACACACAAACCCAACAUGUAUGAUCUCGAAUGGCGAGCUGGUCGAGACUGGGGGAUUCCCAUUAAUGCCUACUUCGUCAAAUACCGCAAGGUGGACGACAUGGGAAACGUGGUGGGAAGUUGGCACACGGUGCGAGUGCCCGGCAGUGAAAAGUCUCUACCCUUGUCCGAUCUGGAGGCGUCCAGCUUGUAUGAGGUUCUGAUGGUGGCCCGAAGCUCUGCAGGAGAGGGUCAGCCCGCCAUGCUCACCUUCCGCACUGGAAAAGAGAGGAGCUCCCCCAACAAGAACCCAUCCAACCCUCCAUCUGUGUCCCUUCCAGAGAAAGUGCUGGAAACCACUAACACCUAUUACGGAGUUGUGAUACACGAAAGAGUUCCUGAGGCCCCGGACCGUCCAACUAUCUCAACAGCAACAGACAGCUCAGUCUACGUCACGUGGAUCCCGCGAGCAAACGGUGGCUCUCCAAUCACAGCCUUCCGCGUGGAGUACAGGAAGCAGGGUCGCAGCGGUGACUGGAUUGUGGCGGCUGAUAAGAUCUCCCCCCUGAAACUGUCAGUGGAAGUGCGAAACCUGGAACCAGGUUCCACAUACCGCUUCCGUGUCAUUGCCGUGAAUAACUACGGCGAAAGUCCCGCUAGCACCACCUCCAGACCAUACCAGGUGUCCCUGUCAAAUCCUCCCGUUUUAAACCGCCCGGUCUCCGGCCCUCACAUCUCUUCCACCGAUGCUAUCAGCGACACUCAGAUCAUGCUCCGCUGGACUUACACCCCUUCAAGUAACAACAACACCCCCAUCCAGGGCUUCUACAUCUACUACCGGCCCACAGACAGCGACAAUGACAGCGAUUACAAGAGAGAUGUGGUGGAAGGCUUCAGAUUCUGGCAUAUGAUUGGUCACCUUCAGCCCGAGACAUCCUACGACAUCAAGAUGCAGUGUUUUAACGAUGGCGGCCAGAGCGAGUAUAGUAACGUCAUGAUCUGCGAGACCAGAGCCCGUCAAGCUCCAGGCGUGCCCAGUCAGCGGCCCAUCACUCCUCCGGGAUUGUACCCUCCAGAAACACCCAGCCAGCCCGGCGGACUGCUCUAUCUGAUCGUGGGUUGCGUUCUGGGCGUCAUGGUGCUCAUUCUGCUGGCCUUUAUUGUCAUGUGCCUGCUGAGGAACCGUCAGCAGAACAGUCUGCAUAAAUACGACCCUCCAAGUUACCUGUACCAGUCUGCUGAGAUGAACGGUCAUGUUCUGGAUUAUUCCACCCUGCCUGGCUCCAGUCAUGUGAAUGGCAGCGUACACACAGGCUGUGGGCACAGCGCACCCAUGAUGGCCCAGUCCUGCCAUCACCUCCAUCACAAACUGACCAAUGGACUGGCCCUGCUGAACGGAUCGGGAGGUCUUUACCCCUCAGGACAUCCUCACACGCAUGACACCUCUCUACCCCACAACACCAUGGAGUAUGAUCACCCGCACCCUCACCACCAUCAUAACGGAGGAGGGAUGUACACAGCUCUGCCUCAGAACGACUCGCCCGACUGUAUGAGCUGUCAAAACUUCUGCAACAACAACAGGUGUUACACGAAAACCAACGGCACUUUUUCGGGCGGCACUCUCCCUCUAAUGCACCGCGUGGCAGCGUGCCAACCCGACGACCUCGAAAUGAUGCCGCUCAACCCCGUCCUGUCUCGCUGCCAGGGACGUGACAGUCCACAGCUCAGCGGCACCCAGCAGAGAGAUACAGUCCAAGAGGUGGAGGGCAAGACUCCACCCCUUUCCCAGAAUUCCCCUUGUCAGCCUGUGGAAACAAAGUCCAGCGUAGAGUUGCAGAGAGGAAGUCAACGUGAAGACCCCGAGGGUCCCGUGGUGUGUUGGCAACAGCUGGGACUGUCCGACCUGGACUGUAAAGAUAAAACAGCCUGGAUCUCUACUGGAAACCUGACUGGAGAUUUCAUCCAGCCUACAGUGCAGGAGAUCUGAACGCACGUCUAUUAUCACACAGAGAGCAUAUGGAAGAGAGCGAGAGAUUGUGGAAACGAGAACACAGAUGAGUUUUUAUUAAGAAAUGGCCAGUGAUGGGAUGGUCUGGGACAUUGUGUGACGUGAAAUGGGCUGAACACUUAACCGACUGCCUAUGGAGCUGGAAAAGACAGAUGAGGGAAAAAAGGAUGGAACAAACAUAAAGAAUGAAGGGACUUUUAAAAAGCAGGAUUGAGGUUGAAAUGGACUCAUUUGUGGACGGACUCAGAAAAGCAAAAACUCUUUAGAUGACUUAUUUAUUUUUUGUAGUAGUAAAAUAUUAUUUCAUAUGAAUGUAUCUGUUGUAAGAAAAAAGUUUGUCUUUUAUAUUAUUUAUGCCUUUUUUUGUUGAUGAGAUACUUUUUAUUUUUUUGUCGCUUAUAUUUUUUGUUUCCGUUCCACAAAGUGUGGAGUUUAGCCAUUGUAUGUGUAGAGUUUUGUAAUAAUAUAAAGAGAAGAUAAAGUAUUAAGCCUUUCUUUUCUUCAUCUGAAGUCAUUCUGCUACAAUAAUAUGUAAAAAUUAGGGCUGCCAAACGAUUCAUCUUAAUUGAGCACAUCCAGAAUAAAAGUUUGUGUUUACGUAA